UACAGAACUAGAUUCUGUGUGUCUCUCUUUCAGUCACCGACCCACACAUGUCCAAACACAGUCAGAUUCAUUUAGGUUUCGUAGAUCGACUUCUCUCUUCAAAGUCAUGCAGUCAACACGUAGGAUUUAUUUCUUCCAACAGUCUUUCUCCUCCCCUUCAAUACUUGAAUUUUCUCCGCCCCAUCGUCUAAUUUCUGCAACAAACAAAAGAGCUACACUGAUAUGCAUUAUUGAAUUAGGAGGCAAUGAGGUGGUGUUUCUAUUUAUUCGGUGGAGAGGAAGAGGAAGAGCCAAACACCCGAAACCCUAACUCGGCACGUACCUCAGUUGAGCCAAGGAAAUCUGGUCUUCAGUCGAGAGGACUAAACCGACCCCCAAAUUUGCAAAAGAGACCUAGUAAUCUCAAGGUUUUUACCCUCUUGGAGCUGAAGCAAAUAACUAGGAAUUUUAGCAAUAGUGCUAAGCUUGGGGAGGGUGGAUUCGGAUGUGUUUUUAAGGGUGUUAUCAAGAGCUCGGAAGAUCCGGAUAAGAAGAUCGCCGUGGCUAUUAAACAACUCGGUAAACAAGGACAACAGGGUCACAAAGAGUGGAUCACGGAGGUCGACCUUCUUGGCGUUGUUGACCAUCCGAAUCUGGUGAAACUGAUUGGAUACUGCGCCGAGGAUGAUGAGAGGGGAAUCCAACGGCUUCUCAUGUACGAGUAUAUGCCUAAUGGAAGCGUGUUCGACCAUCUAUCAAGAUCCACUGACUCCCUCCCCUGGGCUAAGAGGCUGCGGGUUGCCCUAGAUGCUGCUCGUGGCCUCGCCUACUUGCACGAGGAAAUGGAUUUUCAGAUCAUCUUCAGGGACUUCAAGUCAUCGAACAUCCUCCUAGACGAGCAGUGGAACGCUAAGCUGUCGGACUUCGGAUUAGCCCGGUUGGGCCCCCAAGAAGGACGAACACAUGUCUCCACCGCGGUGGUGGGAACUAUGGGGUACGCUGCACCUGAAUACGUGAGAACCGGGCAUCUAACAUCAAUGAGCGACGUGUGGAGCUACGGUGUGUUCCUAUACGAGCUCAUCACGGGGAGGCGGCCGUUGGAACGGAACCGCCCGAAAAAGGAGCAGAAGCUAUUGGAGUGGAUAAAGCCACACCUAUCAGAUGCAAGGAAAUUCGAGCAGAUAUUGGAUCCAAGGCUUAAAGCUGAAGGGAAUCACAUCCUUAAAUCAGCUAUGAAACUAUCGAUAGUCGCUAAUCGCUGCUUGGUCCGUGCUGCCAAAACACGGCCCAAGAUGAGCGAGCUGGCCGUAAUGGUCAAUGAAGUCGUCGAUGCAUGCUCAGACUCAGGCUUGGGCCGCGUUGCACCACCUUUCAAGCGUAACGAGCCAACAAGAAGGGACAGUACCGGGACCGCCACUCGUCCCACUGGUCCAACCCGUCCCACCCGUCCUCGCACACGGAAGCUAGUCAACACUUAGUAAUCAAACACUCACUAAAUUUGAAUAAUAAUUUUUUAAAAUUAAAUCUAUAAUAAUUUUUCCUAAAUUGUAAAGGACAAGUGGUCCUCUGAUAGGAUUCUAUCCUUGAAUAGCCAUAUCAAGUUUCACC